ACACAGAGAGAGAGACAGAGAUCCGCAGAGCUGGAGCGAUCUUCCCACGACCGAACCGCUACAGGACCUGAGACCAGUGCAUUAGACACGCAACCCCCUGCUGUGGGUUCCCUCCGCUGUCCGGUAACCAGGCCGCCAUGCUGACCGUCUGAUUAGCCGUCGGUGUGCCUGUCUGGAGGAACUGACCGUUAUUCGGUGUACUGGGCCGUUAUUCAGUGGAUGUAUGUCGACGCCUCUCGGUAUGAAAUGUCUGAACUAACAACGAUGAGGAAUCUGCUGCUCGUGUUUCUCCUAACUGUCAUCUGCUUGAGACGCGAGGCGCUCUGCGGUUCUCCCAGUGUUCAGAUCGGAGGGCUGUUCCCACGCGGUGCUGAUCAGGAAUAUAGUGCGUUCCGGAUUGGAAUGGUCCAGUAUGGAACCCAGGACUUCCGCCUCACUCCUCACAUAGACAACCUGGAGGUUGCCAACAGCUUCGCUGUCACCAACUGCUUUUGUUCCCAGUUCUCCAGGGGUGUCUAUGCCAUCUUUGGUUUCUAUGACAAGAAGAGUGUGAACACCAUCACGUCUUUCUGUGAGACCCUCCACGUGUCCUUCAUCACACCGUCCUUCCCUGCUGAUGGACUCAAUCAGUUUGUCCUUCAGAUGAGACCCGACAUCAAGGGACCUCUGGUCAGCUUAGUGGAGUAUUACAAGUGGGACAAGUUCGCCUACCUCUAUGACAGUGACAGGGGUCUGUCCACCCUGCAAGUGAUCCUGGAUACAGCAGCAGAGAGGAAGUGGAUUGUAACAGCCAUCAACGUAGGCAACCUGAAGGAUGAGAGGAAGGACGAGGCUUAUCGCUCCAUGUUCCAAGACCUGGAGAUACGAAAGGAGAGGAGAGUCAUUCUGGACUGUGAACAAGACAAGGUUAAAGACAUCAUGGACCAGGUCAUCACCAUUGGCCGACAUGUUAAAGGAUAUCAUUACAUCAUCGCUAACCUGGGCUUCGUUGAUGGUGACCUGUCUAAGAUCCAGUAUGGGGGAGCCAAUGUGUCGGGUUUCCAGAUUGUUGACUUUGAGGAGCCACUCGUCUCCAAGUUCGACCAGAGAUGGGAAGCACUGGAGGAGAAAGAGUACCCUGGUGCUGACAGCAGGAUCAGGUACACAUCAGCUCUGACUUAUGAUGCGGUCCAGGUUAUGACUGAAGCGUUCCGGACACUCACCAAGCAGCGGAUCGAUUUCAGUCGUCGUGGCAAUAACGGAGACUGUCUGGCCAAUCCAGCAGUGCCCUGGUCUCAGGGGAUGGAGAUAGAACGCGCUCUCAAACAGGUGCGUGUGGAUGGGCUGACAGGUAAUAUCCAGUUUGACCAGUAUGGUAAAAGAGUCAACUACUCCGUCAACGUGAUGGAACUGAAGAACACUGGACCAGUUAAGAUUGGCUACUGGAAUGAAGUGGACAAGAUGGUGGUGACUAAACUAGACAUCUUCCCCAACGACACUAAUGGGAUGGAGAACAAGACUGUUAUCGUCACAACUAUCCUGGAAGCCCCAUACGUGAUGCUAAAGAAGAAUGCUGAGUUGUUCCUAGACAACGACCGUUACGAAGGCUACUGCGUCGACCUGGCAGCAGAGAUCGCUAAGCACUGUGGGAUACGCUACCAGCUAAGGAUUGUGGGAGAUGGAAAGUACGGAGCUCGAGACGCUGAAACCAAGAUCUGGAACGGGAUGGUUGGAGAGCUGGUGUACGGGAAAGCAGACAUAGCCGUAGCCCCUCUCACUAUCACCCUGGUCCGAGAGGAGGUGAUCGACUUCUCCAAGCCAUUCAUGUCUUUGGGCAUCUCCAUCAUGAUCAAGAAGCCCCAGAAGUCUAAACCAGGGGUUUUCUCCUUCCUGGACCCGCUGGCCUAUGAGAUCUGGAUGUGUAUAGUGUUUGCCUACAUCGGUGUGAGCGUGGUGCUGUUCCUGGUGAGCCGGUUCAGCCCGUAUGAAUGGCACAUGGAGGAGUAUGAGGAUGGCCAGCUGCCCACCAGCGAGUCCUCUAAUGAGUUUGGGAUCUUUAACUCUCUGUGGUUCUCUCUAGGAGCCUUUAUGCAGCAAGGCUGUGAUAUCUCCCCAAGGUCUCUAUCAGGACGUAUAGUGGGUGGUGUGUGGUGGUUCUUCACUCUAAUCAUCAUCUCGUCCUACACGGCCAACCUGGCUGCCUUCCUCACUGUGGAGAGGAUGGUUUCUCCUAUAGAGGGAGCAGAGGACCUGGCUAAACAGACGGAGAUCGCCUACGGGACCCUGGAUUCUGGCUCUACCAAGGAGUUCUUUAGG